AGAACAAAUGGCCCCUAGGCUCCCUCCUCCACCACAGCCCAAUGAAUCUGAUACACCCAACAACACUAGGUUGUUGGAAACGGUGAUAGAUAGACUACAGCAGCAAAAUACAGUAUUGAUGGAGCAGAAAGCUGCUGCAUUACAAAGUUUAGAGGCCGCUCGCGCUAAUUCUGAGGCGACUCAGCGGCAACUAAUGGAAAUAAUUGCUGCCACCCGAGGCACGCCAGGAGCGUCCUCUUCGAACGCCACGCCCCAUGCUGAAUGGAGUUUAGAAAGUUUCCUCCAACAUCAUCCGGCCAAAUUUAGUGGGAAGUGCCUUCCUGACGAGGCAGAUCAGUGGCUGCGUGACAUGGAGAGGAUUUAUAAUGCAAAGAGGUGUCCAGAUGAGAACCGCUUGGCUUUCACGGAGUAUCUACUUACUGGAGAAGCAAGCCACUGGUGGGCGAGCGUGAACGCUUUAUUGACGGACGCCCACAGUCCCAUUACUUGGGAAGUGUUUAGAGCCAAAUUUUAUGAGGAAUAUUUCCCUGACAGCGUACGGUUUGCUAAGGAGGUGGAGUUUCUCCAGUUGAUACAGGGAGGAAUGUCAGUUUCGGAGUAUACAAAUAAAUUCAAGCACUUGGUGAGGUUCAACACUAUGGCUACCAGCGAGGAGUGGCAGUGUAGAAAGUUUGAAAAUGUGCUGAGAAGCGAUCUUAAGGUGUUGAUCUCCAGCUUGUGUAUUCGGUCGUUCCCUGCCAUGGUUGAGAGGGCUAAAGUGUUAGAGAAAAAUAUGGCUGAGGCGGAACAACAGAAGAAACAACAGGCGUCAAGAGGACCAAUUCUGUCGAGACCCAAUCUGAGUCGGAACAGGACUCCAUACGCUCGUCCAGCACAGUCUAGUGGGUCUCAAACAAUGGUGGUUGCUAGACAAUCAGGACAACUGGGAACGGUCAGGUGCUUUCAAUGUGGGGGACCUCAUUUUAGAUCAUCAUGUCCUCAGCUGGUUGGAGGAAAAUAUUGCACUCGGUGUAGAAGAAACAGCCAUCUGGAGAACGAGUGCAAUAUGGGCGAACGUGCUGUGAUGAGACCGCCGAACAUUGGGAGGAACCAGCAAGGGAGAGGUGGACGAGCCCAGGCUGUUGGGCGUGUGUAUGCUAUUACUGGAGCGGAAGCCGCGAGCUCAGGUACGCUCAUCACCGGUACCUGCUUAAUUCAUGAAAAGCAAUGUUGUGUAAUGUUUGAUUCGGGGGCGACACACUCCUUCAUCUCGAAGGCGUGCGUUGAUAAGUUGGGAAUAGCUGAGAGCGAGAUGCAGUUUGACCUGGUGGUGUCGACCCCAGCAGCUGGUGAGAUUAGGACAUCUACUGUGUGUGUUAGAUGUCCUAUUGAGGUAGAAGGGCAUAGAUACAAGGUGAACCUCAUAUGUUUGCCUCUCAAAGACUUAGAGGUAAUUUUGGGAAUGGAUUGGCUGAAUACCAAUCGCAUUCUAAUAGAUUGUGGAGCUAAGGAGUUAAUUUUUCCUGAAGAAGACGAAGAGGAUUUGGGUGUGACGCUCGGUCAGUUGAAAGAAGAUAUUAUGGAGGGCGCUAGCUGCUUCUUGAUUAUGACGCACGAAGACAGAGAGUGCCAGGACUUCGUUCGUGAAGUGGAAUUCACGAUUGAUUUGGUAACGAUAGCAGCACCAAUCUCUGUUCAGCCUUACCGUAUGGCACCCGCUGAAUUGGCUGAACUUAAGAAGCAAAUUGAAGAUUUAAUGGACAAGAAGUUCAUCCGGCCAAGCGUGUCACCCUGGGGAGCGCCCGUACUAUUAGUAAAGAAGAAGGAUGGCAGCUCUCGGCUAUGCAUUGACUAUCGUCAAUUGAAUAAGCUGACCAUCAAGAACAAGUAUCCUCUGCCACGGAUUGAUGACUUGUUGGACCAAUUGCAUGGAGCGAGCGUUUUCUCUAAGAUGGACUUGAGAUCAGGCUAUCACCAAAUUCGGGUUAAGGAAGGAGAUAUUCAGAAGACGGCCUUCCGUUCACGCUAUGGACAUUACGAGUACGUGGUGAUGCCGUUCGGUGUGACGAACGCUCCAGCAGUCUUUAUGGACUACAUGAACAGAAUUUUCAGGCCGUAUUUGGACAAGUUUGUGGUGGUAUUUAUUGAUGAUAUUCUCAUCUACUCCAAGAGAUGUGAAGAGCACGAAGAGCAUUUGAGGUUGGUACUUGGAGUAUUGAGAGAAAAAGAGUUGUACGCUAAGUUGUCCAAGUGCGAAUUUUGGAUGAAAGAAGUACAGUUCUUAGGUCACGUCGUAUCCGCUGGAGGAAUAUCAGUUGAUCCGGCAAAGGUACGAGCGGUCUUGGAAUGGGAGAGUCCGCGCUCGGUCACGGAAGUUAGAAGCUUUGUGGGACUCGCGGGCUACUAUAGGCGUUUCAUAGAAGGAUUUUCUAAGAUAGUAGCCCCGUUAACACAGCUAACCAGGAAAGAUCAACCGUUCGCUUGGACCGAUCGGUGUGAAUCUAGCUUCCAGGAACUGAAGCAGAAGCUGACAAGCGCUCCAGUGUUAGUAAUUCCGGACACUGCCAAACCUUUCGAAGUUUACUGUGAUGCAUCCCACCAAGGUUUGGGUUGCGUUCUCAUGCAAGAGAAGAAGGCAGUGGCGUACGCCUCUCGACAAUUGAAAAUACAUGAGAGGAAUUAUCCAACGCACGACCUGGAGUUGGCAGCGGUCGUCUUUGCUCUGAAGAUUUGGAGGCACUACUUAUAUGGAUCAGUUUUCCAAGUCUUCAGCGAUCAUAAGAGUCUCAAGUACCUCUUUGAUCAAAAGGAGUUGAAUAUGAGGCAGCGGAG